CUCCGAUCAAAAUGGCAGCCUGUAAUGGGGCACUGCGGUGUGCACAAUGUUGCUACUCGCUAACGUCCGUGUUAAAUGUCCCUCUAAACGGUUUGACGAAAAAAAUAGAAGUCUGUUCGCGAAUUAAUUGAAACAACGGCUCUUUCAAUAAAUCAUAGAAUAUUCGGGUUUGGAGUCAUGCGUGAAUUUCGUCGUAAUCGUCGCGUGACUCGAUUCUUCCAUCUCGUGCUCGUCUAUCAACGAAUGUAGCCAUAUUUUUGUUCUCUAUCUUUCUCUUUCUGUGUUAUCCGGCGAAAAAAAGCCCCCUGCAAAAUCGCGAAAACUUGGCGAACGAGAAAGUUUUCAAUUGUGCCUCAUCAAGAUUGCAUUGGUGAAUACGAGAGUACGAGACUUUAACCGCGUUUGUAUUGCCUCUUUGUCGAAAUGUAAAAGACGAUUCUCUACGCGAGAACAUUUCGACGUUUGUGUCAAGUUCCCGCGGUGACGCCUCGACGAGUUCCUGGACACCGGACCCGGGUGUUUUUCGGACCUCUAAGGUUAUCAACGAUGCUAACUUUUUUAGUUUUUUUCUCUAAACAGUGUUUAUUCAAGUCGGACUUUUCGCGCGAGUGAUAAAAGGCGGAAAAACUUCUUUUUUUUUUUCUUGAGACUGAAUGUCAAGAAUCUGCUGAUUCGAGUUAGAAGUUUUAAUUCUCAAGGAUGUGAAAUGAAACCGUUGAAAAACAUCGACGCCGUCACUCGAUGAGAGUAAGAUGGAACGUUGCAUCUCGUGAGACAGACCUUUUCAAGAAAAUACCCUCGUAUGUGUUAGGGUAGAACAAGUUAAUGAGUAGAAAUACUUUUCUACAAGUUAAUGAUAGUGUACUGCAAUAGUCUUUUCAAAGAUUAUGUUAUGUAUGAUCCGGCGAUUAAUCGCACAUUUUUGGUGAGAAAGAGCCUGCUGAGGGCAGGCUAGGCACCCUGGUGCCAAGCGUGGGUGAUGGAUCCUGUUGGCCCAUGGUAUGCGUCGUACAACCGUUUGGCCGCGGGAACUGCGUCGGGUAGCUUUCAAGCAGCAGGAUCAUCGCCGAGCGGUGAAUUUGUGGCGCAUCAUUUAACGACAGCGGCUAGCCAGGCGGUACCGUCGACGACAACGUCGCAGUUAUUGCUGCAAGCUGCCCACACAACCGCUUCAUUGGCUGGACAACCGUCGCCGUUCAAUCCGGGGGGCUUUUUGUCGCCGCCGCCGGUCGGCUACGACGUGUUCUCGCCGCUGUUCCACCAUCCGAAUUCGAAGCAGGCCCACUAUGUCACACAGCAUCGUCAAGCAUUGGCGCAGGUCCAGCAACAGCAGCAGCAACAACAGCAACAACAACAACAACAACAGCAACAACAACAACAGCAACAACAACAACAACAAUCAGUUCCCAACACAAAACAGUCAACUCCAGAACCAGAGGCACCACUUCGUGAAAAUUACAACUCGUCCCAUCAGCAACAAGCAACGUUUUUCGAGCAUCAACCGCAGUCAUCGUCACCAACAGCAGCGACGCUUGCUUGGGCUCAUCAAGGCAAUUCUCAGCUUCCAAGUCCGUUCGGAAUAUUGCCACAUGAGAGUGUUGUACCGUCGUCUCCGGGACCUCCUUCGACAAAAGCCGGUGGCACACCGUACGAGACCAACUUCAAUUCCCACUUCCCCUCGUCCGGUCAAUCUAUAAGCAACCUCAACUCCCAACAACUGUCCUCCAGCGGGGUUAAUCAAUCGGAAUUCAAAUCGGCGAAUUAUUCGGACGGCGGUAAGAAAGGGUCGAACGUCGUAAGGACGACGUCACCAACUGUUGCAUCGAAAAACGCGGUAUCGACGUCACCAGCUGCGAGCGGUGGACAAGCUUUUUUUCAACAAGUUCCCGGCUCCUUUUCUUCGGACGCGCUAAACUCAAACUCUUACAAUCCUGUCAACGAGAAUCAGACAACCAAUUCAAAGUCUGUUCAAGGCACCCUGCAACAUCAGCAACAACAGCAGACUUGUAUCGUAUCGUCAGCCAGUAAUAAUGCUACUAAAGAUUAUCGUAUUCCUCAGCCUCCGAUCGCUGCUAGAGCAGCUGCAGCAACUACCAUAUUUUUAAAUACCUCAGUUCGUUCUUCCGUUGCUCAGGGGCAAGAAAAAAAUACGGUACCACGAAACUUUACCUCUCCUUCGGGAAAAACCGCGUCCAACGCUCAACAGGUCGUGCAGACGAAAGCGCAGGCCAAAAUAUAUCCGGAAAUAGUGAGUCACGGGGACGUGAGGAGAAACGAUACUGUACACGAGAACAGUCAAUCUUCGCCGAUAAGUUUUUCCAUAAUGGAUUCCCGAAAUAUAAAUUAUCCGGGCAACAGCGGUAACGGUUGUACCAACAAUGGUAAUAGCAAAAUUGCCAACAGCCAGAGAGCUGCAUCGAAUAGCAAUAUGCAGUCGCAACAGCAGCAACAACAGUUUCACGUUCUCAAUCAGCAGCAAACAACAUCUUAUAGACAUUAUUCAACGGGAUCACAGAGCGAUUCGGAAUAUCAUCAUCCGGGAAGAUCGAAAUCAACAAACUCCACGGAUUCGGCGUAUUCGUCGAAUACUUCGACCCAAAACGGCCCCGAUUGCGGCGUAGUUGUGCCACGAAGACCCAGUCCUCUGCAGGCGCAUUCCCAAGCGAGCCCGCUGGGUCACGUGCCAAGUCCGGCUUAUCCGAUGUACAACAGCCCGAUGACAACAAUGUCAUCACCCUCACCUUUGCAACAGCACAAUGAGAAUAACGGUAAUAAUCAUUGUGCCACCGGUGCAACGUACAAAUCAACGGUCGUUCAGCAACAACAGCAGCAGCAACAGCAGCAAGUGACUCCACCGUCGCCGUUGGACGUCACCGUGCCUAGACCGUCCUCGCAGGGCCAAGUAGCAUAUUCGUCGGUGAUCACUAGAGUUUUGGGAAAUCCAGAAAAUUCUAAAGCAGCUUACAACACCGGUGAAAAUAGGAAUUACGAGAGACAGCAGGAAUUCGGGCAGAAGCAGCAACAGGUCUGUUGGGAAAAUGAGAAUCGUCAGGCGACGAACAGAAAAUUUUCUGUUACCACGUAUGCCGCUAACACAUCCGACAUGAAUCCACAAAGUUUACCAGCCCAGCAACAAGCUCAAAGAGUUCUUAAUAUAUCGGAGAGACAACAAGCUUAUUUCGACUCGAGUCAGGUUACCCUUCAAGAUUUAAGCAGUUGCCGCGGUGAUCCGAUGAGUAUCGUUAAGAAUUUACAGAAUUUGCAGCAAGGUGCCUGUCAGAUGCAGCAACAGGGGGCACCGGGUGCUUCGGGAACGACGUCGGCGUCGAAUGCCUCGACGACAGGGCCGAGCGAUGUUCUGAAACAGGUCGAGGAAAGACAACGCAAGACAGACGCACCCAACAAAAAGAGACGAAGCUUCGAAAAAACUGGACACGCCACAUCGACCCUCAAUGACCUCGCUGGUGCCGCCGCUAUGACGGAAUAUUUGAGUAGAAUACCGCCUCCGGCUCAUCAUAAUUCCAAUCAACAGACUCAAAAUGGUUACUUCGAUUUUGAAAGAUGGAAUCUUGCUCCUCCUCAAGCCAAAAUAUUUUCUGGUUCUCCUGCCUCAUUUGGCGGGCAAACGGGUCUUCAUCACACGGGAAAUUUCGUCGGUAAUCCGGCUCAUCAACACCAAUCUUUGAUGGUACCGCAUCAUCAUGCUCCACCACCGAUACCCUAUUUUCCAGCGUUUCACAUACCUCCAGGACAUCAUCCGCAUCAUCCUACCCACGAAUAUCAAUCUUCCGGUACCGUCGAGAUAACACCCGUGCCCUUCAACGAAAACUCCAAUCCACCGGCUCAGAGCGGUACUUCUUGUUAUCAGGAAGUCCGAGAGGACCAGCCUAAAGUAAUUGUACCCAAUAUCGAAGAAGAACUUGGAUUUUUGCAGCAAGAACACAGUGUAGCCGGCAGUGGUCAUCGCGACACUAAGAUAUCCGGAAAAGAUCCUAAUACAGGCUUCAUGACGAGUUACCUCAAAUUUCUUCAAGGUGACAGAGAACCUUCUCCACCAUUGGCUCAACGAACAGGUAGAAAAGCAACGUGGAACAAAACGAAGCCAUACGUACCGCCUGUACCUCUCAAGAAACCCAAUGAACCCACGACGAACGGUGAAGUUUCGAAAAGUUUUACCUCCGAUAAACCAACCACGACAACCACCAAGGAACCGGUUAUCGAUUAUGCCAACGAUCCGAGAUAUUUUCCAUUGCCGAAGGAAAGAAAAAAUUUCGAUUCGAGCGACGACGGUAUUACCAGUGACGAUGACUUUCCGUUUCAUACGAGGAAACCUGAAAUCAAAAAACCAUCGUCCUCUGCACACCCACCGGUUACCGAAAGCUCUAAAGUUGAUGUUGUUAAACCCAAGAAAGGGAGACCACCGAAACAUGGUAGUGCUGCUGACAGAAAAAGAAAAGCUGCUGCCAGUGCUGAAUUUGGUAGCGGGAAAUACAGAAAACACGACGAAGAAAUCAUAGAGUUGCCGCCGAGAAGAGAAACGUCGAAAAGAAAAGCCAAGGAAAAAAUACCGAAACGGGUAGUGGAAAUUUCGGACGAGGAAGAACAAGGAGACUCUGAUUCUGAUCCGGCGUGGACUCCAGCGGCUACGCUGAUCGGCGAGGAGGAAGAAAAAAAGAAGAAGCGUGGUCGUCCGGUGAUAUCGAAAAAAUCAAAGCGUUUACUCGAUGAGGAGGGUUAUUCUUCUGGCGAUGUCGUUGUCCUGAAAAGUCGCGGUCGAAAGAAGCACGACGGAUCUUCGAGCAGCAAAAUGUCGUGCAAAAUCGAUGAAAAACUUUUAGCCGCUGUCAGCGACGAAGAUAUCGAUAUUUCACCUUUCAAGCGUGCUGUUGAGGAUUCUGAAGAUCGGUCUGGCGAGUUCGUAGUGAUAAAAGCCGAUUUGGAGGAAGAAUUCCCACCUUUGUGGCGGAUCGAUGGUAAAACUUUACUGCAAAAGUACGAACCUUUUCAGUCUGAAGGCAAAACUUUGUACAGAAACAUAUCUACGUAUUCGGGCUGGGCACCACAAAAUCGACACAUAUAUCAGCAAGUACCCGUGAAAUUCUGGCAGCAAGGGAAAUUGGAGACAGUCGUUGAAUUUUUGCGUGAUGAAAUGAUCAUUGACGACAGCGAAUGCAUAGACAGAUCGAUGAAGGAAACGGAAAAGUUCCAGGACAACUUUGAAGUGUACAUACAAACUCUUAUAUCCCAGGCGCUGGACUCGAAUUUCCUGACAGAAAUAUUUCAGGAGCAAGAUGAUUAUUUCCUGUCGAAUGUAAAGACUGUGGACGAAAUCACAGAGGAGAGGAAACGACGAUUGUUGUCGACGACGAAAUGGCAGCCUCAUACUAUCACAGCAUUAUUAACGUGGCCGUGUCUCAACGUUUUGAAGGAUCUUAUGCAAUCGGAAACGAAGGGCAAACAGUGCAUAGGUUGUCAACAAAAUAAGGUGCAUGCUAGAAUCUUGCUGUAUGGACAACCGUAUAAUGCAACAACCCUUGAAGGUGCACCACCAGACCCGAGAGUGCCUCAAGAAAAGGACUUUUUGUUCUGUCGAGUUUGCCAAGCAAAAGUAAUGCUCUACAACAAAGUUGCGCAUCAAAAGUAUCUGAUGUUCGUGGAAUGCGCGAGGAGAGUGGCAGAUAAGAGAUUGGCAGAUCCUCACAAAGACACAACGAUAAUACUCAACGAGCUACUUGCUGAUGAGGCCUGGCUAAACCAGUUGUUUAAAGAAGUUCGUGGCAUUUGGGCGGAAAUAGACAGCAUAGAGCAGCAAACGAAGACAAAACUCAACGCUUUUACCUCCUCGAAUGCCACACGAAAAGCGGAUCUAACGAGUUCAACGCAAGCUUCCAUCGAUACAACGCCUACGAAUGUCGUCAAUCAAACGAGUAUCGAUUCACACGUGCCUAUUUCGUCAGCUAUGAACUCGAGUCAGUCGGAUGCUUCGACGAUUCUUGACUCGAACCAAAUGGCAAUAACACCAUCGUCUUAGUUGUCAACUUCUUCUCCGUACAGUUUAUCCACGCCAAAGGAUUUAUAAAAUCCCAUCGUGAAUGUGAUACGAGAUGCGUGAAAAACAUAACAAAAGGACCCAAACAAAGUGAAAAGAAACUGAGAUAAUGAACGGCACGACGAAUUGAUAAUGAACUUUUUUCAAAGUGUUUGGUCCCACGUUUAUAUCGCCAAAUACUGUGAGGGACGAACGUCAAAAAGGAAGUGUCGGGAUCGUUUACAAGGAUCUCGACCGAUCUUGUGAUAAAAUUUGAUCGCGAAUGCAGACUCUUUCUAUUCGCCAUCUCAACGAAAAAGAAUGAGGGUGAUUUUAAUACCGAAUGUCGGGAGUGACGAAAUCGACAAACAACCCCUGAGAAAAAUGAAAACUCACUCGCAGCACGUGUGUAAUAAUCUAAAAUGACGUGAAUGACUGCUGACGGUAUUGUGGACGGUACGAGAUGAUCUUUCAUUUGCCAUUUACGGUAGCUGUAACCAUAAAAAAAAAAAAACACGUACGAAUGUCGGUGUGAAUAUAGAUUUUUAGGUUAUAGUAUUUACCGCAAAAAAGGGGAAAGGAGGAUCAUGUUAUUACAGAAAAGAAAGCGACGUCUGCAAGCUGAUUGUAACAUCCUCGAAUUUGUUUUAUACUUGCAACGUUGACAACUCAUUUGGUCGCCUGACAAAUGAAAUUGAGCAUAAUUUACAAUGUAACGAAGGAACUCAUUAGAAUCAUAAGAAUUUGUAUAAAAUAUCUUAAACAUACACAUACACAAUUUGUGUAAUCACCUAAUAUUCGAUAUUAAGAUUCAACCUUUUUUUUCUGUUUUAAUAUUAUUGAAUAGAAAUGACCGAUCGCUCUAUUCUUAUCUCAGAAGAAAACAAAAAUUGUUAAAAAUUCAGUCGAACUCGCUCUGUUCUCAUAUUUAUUGGUUAUUGUCCAUCAUGAUAUUGUUUUUCUUUGUAUGGGAUGUGUACAUAAAUCAUCGAGGGCGAGUAAAUUUGUCAAGGACUAAAGAAUCUUACAGAAUAUUGAAGUUUUCCUUCCUCCUCUCUUAAUCUUAUUUUCUGCAUUCUUCCAUCACAAGAGUGAACCUUCUUAUUUCUAUCUCCUUCUUUAUUCUUUUAACCAUCUUUUUUUUCAAGCGAUCUAGACACACACACACACACAUUUUGCGUCAAUGCUGACCUAGCUUUUAAAUAUACUUUCCAAUAGAACAUAGAUAAUAUAACGACAAAAAAAAAUGAAUGAUGCUCGCUACCAGUUGUACAGUAACCGGAAAAACCAACUCCAGGAUAUAUUUUGUAAGUGGCCCAACUUUUCAUUAUUAUUGCCACUUAAUUCAAAUGAUUAAAAUUAUUAUUAUUAUUAUUGUCAUUAUUAUCGUAAUAUUGUUUUGAGCCUGAAGCAAUUUAAGGUUUUAACCUGUUUCCAGAUUUGUUGUAGGAGGAAAAAAGCUUAAAGAAAAUGAACCGCAAUGAACUGAUGGUUAUCUCGAGGGAAACAUAACGGAGACCGGGUGAUAUGUGAGACGCGCGAAUGUAUUUUUCGAAAAUGAUGUAUGAAAUUAUAUUUGUAAAUUGUAAAGAAUAUAUAUUUAGGGUCGAGAAUGAAAGUCGAUGAUACAGUGUGAUUCGGAAAAUCAGCAUGUUUCAUGAAUUUGAAUAUCGGUGCGAAAAUCGAAAUUAUGUUACACGUACACACAAUGAAGAAACGAGCAAUGGGAAUUUGAAGUAAUAGUAAUAAAUAAAAGAAAGAAAGAACUCGGAUCUCUGCGAAAUACUUGAGAAAAUGCAGGCAUUUGGACAAUUAGAAGGAUCAUGAACGAAUAAAGGAAACCCCCAAGCAGA